GCCUCCAGUAGGUUUUCUUCUGAGCCCAGAAGAUGUGCGAUAAAAUCAGAGUGAGCAUUUACGAUCGAAGAGGGGUGGAGGGUUGGGAAUGAAAAGCAGUGCCGGGAGGCACUCCAGAGCAGCUUGGCAUGUUCUUUGGCGACACGAUCAUGGCACUGGAGAAGGUUUGUCGUCUUCUCCGGAGGGUGCUUGCAGCCUUUCAUGCCCUUUCUUCGAGUGCCACAUUCUCUUGGCUUGUAAUAUGCUCGUUGGACGCAUCCCCCUCGUUCUCUUCGCAGCCCAGCCUUUCCAAAUCUCUGCGCAUUCGCGACGCACCAUCCAGGCCCCCAAAAUGUUUGGACUCAUCGCAUUUUCCAAUUCGUCGAGGGCAUAAUGCGAGCUUCGUCGGGCGAUAGGUGGCUAGCAAAGAGCAGAGAAAAGCGCCCCUGCCUCGCGUCUCCAGCCUCCACAUCCCACGGCUUUUGUCUGCUCGCUUCGAGCUUCGUGAACUUCGAAGCCUCGAUCUUGCGUAUGACGAAGCCGGGCCGAAAUGGGCGGGUAGGUGGUGGGUGCUGGCUGAUUCAGGGCCAGAGUGGAAGAUCCUGGGCGUGUCAUCUUAUGCAACCGAAGACCGCACUCCGAUGAGCCAGUUUUGUUUGUUGCUCGCCUCCGCUUCAAUUUCUUGCAUUCUGCUGCAUUGCCAAUGUCAUUCGAGGCCUACCAAUCUACGCUAGCCUCGCCUCCCCAUCCACGUCUUCGCGUGCCAUUCCCAAUACUCGUACGUGUACUGCACGUGGUUUUCGAUGGCCACCUUUGCAGAAUCCCCUCCAUGCUUGAAACCGCCGCCCUCGCAAAUCCCAGAGUGCCGGUAUGGGAACUCGAGGUGCUAAGCAAUGACUUCUUUCCGUUCUGUCACCGUGUGCAAGCAAUGGCCCGCAUGCAUGGUGGCUGGAGGAGGGCGGGCGUGCGAACUACUGCUUCUGCAUUCUCUCCACUCGAGCUUUUAGGGCUCCGCAAGUGGACAUCAUGAAGAAUGAAUGAGGGGAGUGACAUGGAUGUAUGUCAGUCUAGCCAGUCAGUCCUCGAAAUUGCAACAUCCAGCAGGACUUGGACCUCGACCUGGACAUGGGAGCACAGUAAUUAAAAUGACUAAACGCAACAAAUUGAAAGAGUUGGAUUGCACCUCAACCUGAAUUGGCAUUGCAAAUCUUAGUUUCCAGACCUUUUGGUAAAAGAGAUGAGACCAGAGUUCUUCACGGAGAAGGAAAGUAAAAGAGUCCAGUCAAAGGCAGAUCGGCGGCAAUAACCUCACAUUUCCAACAUUGAGAAUCUCAUGAUUGAGAUGGAAAAGAGGCUGUGGGCCAAAUAAGCAUAUGUCCUCAUUACACUCGAUCCGAAUAUGGAGCAUAGACCUGUGCCAUAAUUUGUGCAUACUCUCUUUCUCCAUAUGCAUGCACACACACAUUCCUUCUCUUCAUAGACAUUCCUCCUGAACUAUUUGAUGAAUCUGCCCAUUUAAGGGACAUGUAUGAGGAAUUGAGUGAGGAAAGACGGAAAGACGUUGGCUUUAUAGCCUUCAUCUUUCGC